CUUCCCUCUUCCUCUUCUCCUCCUCCUCCUCCUCCUCCACACUCUUCCUCUUUCCCUCCACCUCUUCCUUUCUCGACUCUAUCCCUCCCUAUUUCCCAUCCUCUCCCUCUACGUACCGUCGCGGUCUUCUUUUCCUGAAAUAUUCCUGGAUUGCAUCAGUCGGCCCCGCCCUUACUGUGUGCCAGAGCGUUCCAAGUUCCCCGACUGUCUCACGGCCACCGAGUGACAAUUCCGAACGCGGCUUACAUACGCAUCUUCCCCGUUUUAACCAACUAAGCGCGAUAAGGAGAGUCGGACUGGUUCUACUCCCCGUCGCAGUCGCUCUAUCCUCUUCUCCCAUUCACACUUCCCUCUGCGCGAUCGCCGUGUUCGCCUCGCUCACGCCCAACCUCCCUCGCACUCUCUCCCUCUUACGCAAGCUAAAGGCGGAAAGGGCCGCCUAGACUAUCCUCACCUUGCCCCAUACACACGCUCAAUACCGCCACCAUGUCCAAAGUCGUGCGCAGUGUGAAAAAUGUCACCAAGGGUUACUCCUCCGUGCAGGUCAAGGUUCGAAAUGCUACAAGCAAUGAUCCUUGGGGGCCAACUGGUACUGAGAUGGCCGAAAUCGCCGCCUUGACCUUCAGCAGCACCCCAAAUGAUUUUUACGAGAUCAUGGAUAUGUUGGAUAAGCGUUUGAACGAUAAGGGCAAGAAUUGGCGCCACGUUCUCAAGUCAUUGAAAGUCCUGGAUUACUGCUUGCACGAGGGGUCCGAAUUGGUGGUGACGUGGGCCCGCAAGAAUGUCUACAUCAUCAAGACUUUGCGCGAAUUCCAGUACGUGGACGAGGACGGGCGAGACGUUGGACAGAAUGUCCGUGUGGCCGCCAAAGAACUGACCUCGCUGGUCUUGGAUGAAGAUCGGUUGCGCAGCGAGCGCUCCGAUCGCAAGCUCUGGAAAUCCCGGGUGAGCGGUCUGGAUGACCACCAAGGAGGCUACGCUUCAGAGCCCCGUCGAGAGCGCCGCGAGCGCCGCCGUACCACGAACGAUGACGACGAUGCGGAAUACCGCUUGGCGAUCGAGGCGAGCAAAUAUGAAGCCGAGGAGGAGCGCAAGCGGCGGGCGCGGGAAGCGGCGGGAGCCGAGGACGACGAGGAUUUGGCGAAGGCAAUCAAGCUGAGCAAGGAAGAAGAAGAGCUGCGCAAGCGCGAGUUGGAGGAAAACAACGCUCACUCGCUCUUUGAUGAUACUCCUACGCAAGUUGCGCAGCCGCAACCCACCGGGUACAAUCAGGGAUACCAGCAGCAGAGCGCGGUCGAUUGGUUCGGCAACCCGAUCAACCCUCAGCAGCCGCUGACGACCGGUUAUCUGAACAACCAAUAUGCCCAACCUACUGGAUUCCAGGGCCAGAUGACCGGUAUGCCCAAUGGGUAUGGCAACCAAUUCCAGGCGCAGCCGACUGCAUUCGACCAAAACCCGUACGGCCAGGCGCAGAACAACUAUUUGCAACCUCAGGCCACCCUACAGCCACAACACACCGCAUUCAAUGUCAACAACCCCUGGGGAGGCGACGCAUUCUCCCAACAGCAACACCAGCAACAGCAACACCAGCAACAGCAGCAGCAUUUCCAACAAUCCCAGGAGAAUUUUCUGUCGGCAGGAACGAACAACCCUUGGGCUGGCACACAGCCUGCUGAUACUUUGAAGCCUAUGCCCACGGGGUCAAACAACCCAUUCGCGCCACGGACGCAGCAGUUCCAGAGCCGACCCGCUGUUACCGGUCCCCCAUCACUGAACACUCUGGCAGAAGAGCAGGCUACCAACCAAUUCACGUCGCCCAACCCGAUCGCAAACUACCAGGCACCGCCGCAGUCGCUUGCUCCGCCCCAACAGUCCUUUACGCCGCAGAAGACCGCCCCGACUCAGAUGCUGGAUCCGCACCGCAUGCAGUUGAAUGCACUCUUGGCUUCUGGGGAUGGUCAGGACACAUUCGGCAAUGUGGGCGAUCUGCGCAUUCCCGCUCAGCACACGGCGCCGGGUACGUUCGUCAAUUCGGCCGGACAGGGGCUGGACAAGCUCCGGGCCACACGGACGGGCAACAACCCGUUCUUCAACCAACAGCAGCAACAGUUUGUUCCACAGCAAACUGGGUUUGCGCAGCCGGCCAACAACCCCUGGGGAGGGCAGCAGAUGUACCAUCAACAGCCUCAACAGGGUGGCAGUUUGAUAGAUUUGUAGGUGGGAGAAGUGAGAUGGUUUGUUGAGGUAGAGGUUGAUUGUGAGUACGUGGUUGAUCAAAGAGGACAGGCGGGGGGUGGUUGGGGGACUGGAAUUAAUUCUGAUUCUGAUAUCUAAAGCCCGUUGUUGUCCCCCGGGCUUUUUUAUGUUUGUUACUAUCUUUGCCUUUCUCCUUGUUUCCUUACUUUGUCCCCUUGAUAGUCGAUUUUUUUUUUCUCUCUUUAAGAGUCAUCGAAUCCGGAUACCAAGUUUUCUUGCCUUAUGUUGUUCCUUGUCAAUCUCGAUCCCCAAGAAACGCUUUCUGUGCUCCAACUACCCACUUACGUACCUUCUGUGAUUGACACGCCCCUCGAUUCCUUCCCCUCGGUUUUUCCUCCCGCUCUCCUCUCAUCCAACCCACCAAUCUCUUUCUUUCCCAAUUAAGUCAUAGUCCCAGUCCCUCGAGAUUACAGUAUACCAUAUACCCUCCAUU